AUAUUUUUGUUGUAAAGUAUACAUGGUUAAGCACGAUCAAUAGUAGUUCGAAAACAAGUUAAAUUUGUGUAUAUAUAAUAAUGCCAAAUGUGUGAUAUUCUUCUUCGGAAAUGGGAGAUUUAAAUAAGUUUUCUCGUUUUCUAGCUAAACUAUUGAGACAUGACGCCAGAGGCUUGGAAGUAACACCAGAUGGCUAUGUCAAUAUAGAGGAUAUUCUGGAACUCCCUAAAGCACGGGGAUUCACAGUGUCUGACGUAGAAGGUAUUGUCAACAGAGACCGUAAAGAGCGUUUUUGUAUACGAACUAGAAGUGGCAAAAAACAAAUAAAAGCCGCUCAAGGACACUCUUUGGAGCUUGACAAACUUGAGUUGACACCGAUCAAUCGCCAUACGGAUGUCACAGCUGUUCUACAUGGUACGAGAAAAAUGAAUUGGCAGUCAAUAAAGGCAGAGGGACUGUCAAAAAGAGGAAGAAUUCACAUUCAUUUCGCUGAAGGGGAAAAUGUGCGAAGCGGAUUCCCACCACGAUGUGAUAUGGUUAUUGAAAUAGAUCUACAGAAGGCAUUGGCAGAUGGAUAUAAAUUUUACAAAUCAGAAAACGAUGUUAUUUUAAGUGAAGGGAAUGGUAACGGUGUAAUACCACCAAAGUAUUUCAAACGUGCAUACGACCUCCAUUCUCAUACAGAUAUCUCGUUACAGUGACUGCAAAAAGAAUUUUGAUUCCAUCAUUUCAUAUCAAUGCCUCGAAACUAUGUGACACAUUUUGUGCCUUCUGUUUAUGAUUUUUUUUAUCCACAGGACACUUGUAAAUAUAUCACAAUUUACGGUAUUAAAUGAAUUAUAAACGGUAUGUGCACCGUAAAGGUAUUAAAUGAAUUAUACAAGAUACGGAAUAUGUACCGUAUAGGUAUUAAAUGAAUUAUAUACGGUAUGUGUACCGUAUAGGUAUAAAAUGAAUUAUAUACGGAAUGUGUACCGUUUAGGUACCGGUGAUGUUUAAAUAAACAGUGCCUGUGAUUUAUUUUUUAUACAUUUAAAACUGCAAGACGUAAUUUAUUUUAAUAACUACGAUGUACGUAUAUUUAGUGCCAUAUG